AUGGACGAGGCGGACAUCCCCUACCUCCUCGACGCCCUCGCGAGCGCCACGGGCGGCCUCGCCGCCGCGCGCGCGGCGGCGCAGCUCGCCGAGUGCCUCGCGUCGGCGACGGGGCCCGAGCUCGCGCGCGCGCACGCGCCGGCGCUGCGCGCGCUCGCGCCGGCGGCCCUCGCGGCGCGCGGCGCCGGCGACGCGACGCUCGCCCACGCGGCGACGCUCUGCGCGGUCCUCGCGAGCCGCGCGUGCGCCGCCGCCGCGCCGCGGUCGCGCGCGGAAAUCGCGGCCGUCGCCGAGCUGCUCCGCAACGCGCCGGCGCCCGCGCCGCGGCCGUCGCCGAGCAAGCGCCGCCGGCGCCGCGGCUUCUUCGCGGGCGGGGCUGCCGAGCAAGCCGCCGCCGUCGACGACGACGCGCCGUCGGCCGAGCUCGCGCGGUGCCUCGCGGCGCAGCCGUCUUCAUCUAUACGGCAGGCGGCGGGCCUCCUGGCGGAGCUCGCCCUGCGCACGCGGGGCCGCGCGCGCGAGGGCGGCUACUACGGCGCGCGGCCCGUCGACGACCGCGGCGCCGCGAGGCUCGCCUUCGGCGACGCGGGCGGCGUCGAGGCGCUCGCGGCGCUCGGGACGGACGCAGGCCUCGAGGCCGCGGCGGCGGCGUGCGCGGGCUGCCCGCCGAACGUCUCGAGAUUAAGGGAGACGGCGCUGCUGCCGCGGGCGCUCCGUUUGAUCCGAACGUCGGACGCGGCGCUGCGCGUGGUGGUCGACGCGACGCACCUCCACCCGCCGUCAACAAAACUCGUGGGCGCCGACGGGGGCCUCUCUGCAUUAACGGCCGUGUCCACGGAAGGCGCCUUCGACGCGCGGCUCCUCGCGCUGACGGCGCUGGCCAACUGCCUCGAGGUCGACUUGGAGAACUGCCGGCGCUUCGAGUGCGCGCCCCUCGCGGCGCGCCUCGCUUCCUUACUCAAAACGAUCGGUUUCGAGGAUGAUUCGGACGACUGGCGCGUCGAGGACGUCCUCGAGGCCGCGCACUGCGCCGUGCCGCUGGCCUGCGUGGCGCGGCGCGAGGCCGGGCGCGCUAAAGCCCUCGCCGCGCUGACCGGCGCGGCCGUCGCGCCGACGGCGCUCGCCAAGCUCCUCGAGGCGUUGGCUGUCGUCCAGGCUAGAUCGGGAGCGCUCGACCGCGACGCGGCGGCCGCGCUCGCGGUGCUCGUCCGCGAUCUGCGCAAGCUGUUCCCCGGCGCGCCGCCGACGCCGGAGCCGAAACGCGCGCGGCAGCAGGCGUCGCCGGUCGGCGUCGAGAGUCCGACGUCGGACGUCGUCCUGCCGCCGCCCCCGCCGCGCACGCCGUAGGCCACAAGGGCCUAAGACCCAAG